GGUCUGAAGUCGCCUCGUGGCCCCGCGCGUCCUCCCCUGCCGAGUCCUCGCGGGACCGCGGCGGGGCGCCGGCCGCCUGGUUCAGGAAGCGAGGAACGUCAGAGAGGAAGUAGAAGAUGAACAAGCCUCUGACACCAUCCACGUACGUUCACAGCCUCAAUGUCGGAAUCAUUCGGAAGCUGUCGGAUUUUAUCGAUCCUCAGGAAGGAUGGAAGAAAUUAGCAGUGGCUAUUAAAAAGCCAUCUGGCGAUGAUAGAUACAAUCAAUUUCAUAUAAGGAGAUUCGAGGCCUUACUCCAAACUGGAAAAAGCCCCACUUGUGAGCUGCUGUUUGAUUGGGGUACCACCAACUGCACAGUCGGGGACCUUGUGGAUCUUCUGGUCCAGAUUGAACUCUUUGCCCCCGCUACUCUGCUGCUGCCGGACGCUGUUCCCCAAACUGUCAGCUGUGUACCUCCUAGAGAAGCAGCAACAGUGGCACAGACACAGGGGCCUUGCUGUGAAAAGGACAGCACACCCGCAAUGCCUGUGCCGAGGCCAGAACAGAGCUGUGGGCAGCCUGACUCCUCCAGCCCCGCCGCCGAGAAAAGUCUGGAAUUCAGCGAUACCGAUACUCGUUUUCACAGUUUUUCAUUUUAUGAACUGAAGAGUAUCACGAACAACUUUGAUGAACGGCCUGUUUCUGUCGGCGGCAGCAGAAUGGGAGAGGGAGGCUUCGGAGUGGUGUACAAAGGCUGCGUGAACAACAGGACCGUGGCGGUGAAGAAGCUCGGAGCGAUGGUUGAAAUCAGUACCGAAGAACUGAAGCAGCAGUUUGACCAAGAAAUUAAAGUAAUGGCGAAGUGUCAGCAUGAAAACCUGGUAGAGCUACUUGGCUUCUCAAGUGACAGCGAUGACCUGUGCUUAGUGUAUGCUUACAUGCCCAAUGGUUCCUUGCUAGACAGACUGUCCUGCCUGGAUGGCACUCCACCGCUUUCUUGGCACAUGCGAUGCAAGAUUGCUCAGGGUGCAGCUGAUGGCAUCAGUUUUCUACACGAAAACCAUCAUAUUCAUAGAGACAUUAAAAGUGCAAAUAUCUUACUAGACAAAGACUUUACUGCCAAAAUAUCUGACUUUGGGCUCGCCCGGGCUUCUGCAAAGUUUACCCAGACAGUCAUGACCAGCCGCAUUGUGGGUACAACGGCUUAUAUGGCACCAGAAGCUUUGCGAGGAGAAAUAACACCCAAGUCUGACAUCUACAGCUUCGGUGUGGUUUUAUUGGAGCUAAUAACCGGACUCGCGGCUGUGGAUGAAAACCGUGAACCUCAGUUACUACUGGAUAUUAAAGACGAGAUUGAGGAUGAAGAGAAGACGAUUGAAGAUUACACGGAUGAGAAGAUGGACGAUGCUGACCCCGCCUCCGUGGAAGCCAUGUACUCUGCUGCCAGCCAGUGUCUGCACGAGAAGAAAAACAAGAGGCCAGACAUUACGAAGGUUCAACAGCUGCUACAAGAGAUGUCCGCUGAAAACGAAUGAAAGACUUCAUUUUUUAUAUGUGUAUCGAGUUCUAUAAGCCCUCACCCCUUCACACACACACACACACACACACACACACACACACACACACCUUUUUUUUUCUAACUUCUUGUGGUCCUGGAGACUGAACAAGCACUUUGGCACUGAGCGACAUCACCAGCCUGCUUUCUUUUUUGCAGGUUUUUUUUCCUUCCCCUAAAUGUUCUUUAUCUUCAACAAGGUGGCAUGGUGCAAUGUCCUGGUGGAUGUGUUGACACACCACAAAAGUGACAGUAGCAUGACAGCACUCGGCCCCGCCUACUUUGUGUGGAGAGCAUUUUCCAUGACAACAUCAUCAAACUACAGCAGCCACACAAUUCAGGAAAACAACCCUGCACUGUAGGGUGCAGAGACCCUAGGGUUUGGGGUUUGGGAUAUUUUUGAGGAGGUUGUUUUUUUGAGACAGUGUAGCCCUAGAUGUCCUGGAACUCACUCUCUCUGUAGACCAGGCUGGCCUCGAACUCAGAGAUCUGGGAUUAAAAGCAUGUGUCACCACCGUCCGCUCCGAGACCCUGGUUUGAAGCUCAGCAGACUCUGCUAAUCCCCGGUAAAGCUCUGGUCCAGCUCUUAGCCACCUUAAACCUCAGUUUUGGCUUUUCUUUUUUGUUAAUGAGCUCCAUGCUCCUGUAAAUACUCCUCCUAUGCUCCUGUAAGUAACCACCCACCACUGCUCCUGUAACCCUAAUUAAACUCAUUGGGUCCCCAAGGUAGACAUGGGUGGACAUGUUAUUGGUAUCCUAAUCUGACUGAAUAGAUGUUUGCUUGUCUCCCGCAAGAAAAAUUCACACACUUGGUACUUUGUGUGUGAGGUCCCAAUGAUGGGCUUAGGGGUGGUACCUGCAUUAUCUCUGCUAUGGGCAAUAAGAGAGCAACUGGGGCUAAGCUCUCUGAAGGUGGAGCACGCAAAGGGAGCAAUCUUGAUGUCAUCCUUUCCCACGUGACAGGAAUGGCAGGCUCUCCUACUCUGCUGGGUGAUUUUGUGUGUCAACUUGACACAGACUAGUGUCGUCGGAGAGGAAGAGCCUCAGCUGAGGAAAUGCCGCCCAUGAGAUCCAGCUGUAGGGCAUUUUCUCAUUUAGUGGAUCAAUGAGGGAGGGCCCAGCCCAGGGUGGGUGGUGCCAACCCUGGCCUACUGGUCCUGAGUUCUAUAAAAAGGUGAGUUGAGCAAUCCAGGGGAAGCAAGCCAGUAAGCAGCACCCCUCCAUGGCCUCUGCAUCAGCUCCUGCCUCUGGGAUCCUGCCCUGUUUGAGCUCCUGUCCUGACUCCCUUCCGUGAUGAACAGCAAUGCUGAAGUGUAAGCCAGAUAAACCCUCUCCUCCCCAUCUUGAUUUUUGGUCAUGGUGUUUCGUCACAGCAGUAGAAACCCUGACUGAGACACCUGCUGUAGUAGUGGGUGCAUUGCUCCUGCCUUGAGUGAAAAGACAUGUAAACAAGACAGCAGUGUUCCACCUGCAGGAGGAGUGUCUGUGGGGAAAGUUCCAGAAAGGCCGUCUUCCUCUGUCGGUAUGCAAUGGCAUGCCUCCUUGAUGAGUGGAAUUGGCCAUGUGAUACCUCAGUCCUUGAAAGUGGCACAUACAUAUGGGAUGCGGUCAUAAGCACGGUGUGGCAUCAGUAAGACAUGCCACUGAAGCUGAGAUGUCCAGAAAGAAUUUGCCUGUUUAAGAAGGGAAUUAUGAGAAAAAGAUGCAGAUGCUAUCCUCUGCAUUAUACUCUGGAUUGACAGAAAUGAAAGAAAAAAAAACAAAAAACAGGGCACAUGCCGUUUAAUCCCAGAACUCGGAAGGUAGAGCCAGGAAGUUGCUGUUCUCUAGAGGCCAGCUAGGGCUAUAGUGUGACACUCUCUGUCUCUGUGUAUCUGUGUGUCUCUCCUCUCUCUCUCUCUCUCUCUCUCUCUCUCUCUCUCUCUCUCUCUCUCUCUCUCUCUCUCUGUCUCACUCACUCUCUCAAAAAAAAAAAAAGGUGGUGUGGCAAUGCAGUAUGAUAAAAAUCUCUUACACUCCAAGAGACUGGAACUUUUGCUGGACCUCACAGUCAGUUAAUAGUACACCUUGCAGUCACUUAAGACUGAUAGCCUACUGCCUAGUCAGCCUGUUUCUUUAACCCGUGCUUAACAAUCAACCUUAUUUGCCUUUGAUUCCCACAUAGUCAACUUUUACAACCAAAGCUAAUGAGUAGCCGUAAUCUUGAGUUACCUACUCUUCCAUGUCCCUGACCCAGGAGUAAUGCAUGCAUGCUUUGUUUGUGUUGUGGGAAUCAUAUAUUGAAAGCAAUCUUUUUUUUUUAAUUUUUAUUUAUUUUUUAUUUACACAGUAUUCUGCUUGCACGUAUGCCUGCAAGCCAGAAGAGGGCACCAGAUCUCAUUAUAGAUGGUUGUGAGCCAUCUGGGAAUUGAACGCAGGACCUCUGGAAGAGUAGCCAGUGCUCUUAACCUCUGAGCCAUCUCUCCAGCCCCUGAAAGCAAUCUUAUAACAAUGAAUAUCCAUAAUCAUUGAAGACAACAUGUAGGGGUAUUGUUUGAUAAACAAUGAUAAAUAUAAUAUUGUUUGUUAUCUGUGUCAGUUGGGGUCAUUUGAAGCAUAAAAUGUUGAAGAUUUCUGCUAAGUGUCCCUCAUUCCUUCCCUGUGUGAUACUCUGUGCUCUUCAGCCCUUUGUUAGGGAUAGCCACAUAAACACACAUGGAUAUACAGUCAUAGACUAGGGACAGAUUCACAAGGAUGGCAUCUAGGCAGACACAGAUUCAGACUCACACAGCAGACAGACAGGGAUGACGGGACACACCGGAGAGCAAAGUGGGGAAUUCCUAUCCGGGCUCACUGUUGGUUAAAUGACACCAAAGGGAAGUGCUGUAUUGAUUUCUGUCCUUAACGCAACGCCGACAUGUUAUUGGUAACUGAGUUUAUUAUUUGUGCAUUCAAACUGAUGCACGAUGGACCGCUAGCUUGCCAUUUCAUAUGUCAUGGUGGAGGGUUUAAAAGGAAGAAAGUACAAAUGAUAUGAAUGCUAAAUAGUCCUCCCUGUAAUCCCCAAUCUUGGGAUCCAUAGGGAGAAUUUGACAAUGAGAAGGAGGAAGGAAUGGAAGAUAUCCCUCAUGCAUGAUCUUUAAUACAGAGGAAAGAAAAACACCCGUGGUGCACAGGGGCCUUAAUAAUGGCCUGCUGUGGGAUGGUCUGUAUGGUCUGUAUGUCAAAUGUGUUGCUGAUUGGUCAAUAAAUAAAUCACUGAUUGGCCCAUGGCCAGGCAGGAAGUAUAGGCGGGACAAGGAGGAGAAUAGAGCUGGGAAGUGGAAGGCUGAGUCAGAGAGACACUGCCAGCCGCCAAGAUGACAAACAGCAUGUGAAGAUGCCGGUAAGCCACAAGCCAUGUGGCAAGGUAUAGAUUAAUGGAAAUGGAUUAAUUUAAGCUGUAAGAACAGCUAGCAAGAAGCCUGCCACGGCCAUACAGUUUGUAAGCAAUAUAAGUCUCUGUGUUUACUUGGUCGGGUCUGAGAGGCUGUGGGACUGGUGGGUGAGAGAGAUUUGUCCUGACUGUGGGUCAGGCAGGAAAACUUUAGCUACAAUGGCCUGCUGUGAUAAUCAUGGAAUACUGUGCCAUUGAACUGUUUGAAUUGGGAGAGGCUUUUACAUGAGAAAUUAGUCACAGCCUUGCUCUUAAAGCUGUAGGACAAGGGAGUAAAUGGGAUCAACCUAGUGGUGUGGAAGCAGAAAAACUAAUAGAACCACACAUCCCUGCUUAAGACAAAAGCUAUAUGAUCUGUGGUGAUUUGAAUAGGUAUGGCCCCCAUAGACACGUGUAUUUUAAGGCUCAUAAGGAGUGGCACUAUUAGGAGGUAUGGCUUCUUCAAGUGGGUGUGGCCUUGUUUAAGUAGGUGUGGCCUUGUUCAAGUAGGUGUGGCCUUGUUGGAGGAAAUGUGUCACUGUGGGGCAGGCUUUGAAGUUUCAUAUGCUCAAGCUAUGCCCAGUGUGGCACAUAGUCUCCUUCUGCUGCCUGAGGAUCAAGAUGUAGAACUCUGAGCUCCUUCUACAGCAUCAGGUCUGCCUGCAUGCCGCCAUGCUUCUCACCAUGAUGAUAAUGUACUAAACCUCUGAACUGUAAGCCAGCCCCAAUUAAAUGUUUUCCUUUAUAAGA